GUAGAGCGUCUUUCCUAUUUCCCCCCAGCAAACCCUAGUUGCCGAAUUGCCGCCGAUAUCAGAGAUCGGCGAUGGACGGAGGCCGUCGUAAGAGGAAAUCCGGUGCCGUUUCUUCGGUAGCCCGCCGCCACCUCCUGGAAAUCAAGAAGCGGAAUGUCGUCCCGGCCGCCGACCGAGCUCCCAACAAGAGGAGUACCGCUGGCGGCUUUUUCUCGGAUCAAAUGGUGAAUGAAAUCUUGUUAAGGCUCCCCUCCGGCUCCUGCAUCGUCAGAUUUCGCUGCGUCUGCAAAAUGUGGAACAUCCUUCUCUCGCGCCCAAGUUCCAUUCACAAAAUCCUCUUCGGUCCGGGCGUUGAUUCCACCGGAAGCGACGAAACUGCUCAGGUUCUGGUCAAGGGCGCCGCCGACGACAAUGGCGACGGCUACGCCACAUCCCACUUCGUCUACUCUCUGCUCUCCUACAAACAUCUGCUACCAAUCACCCCAAUCGGUAAAGACCCUGAUUUGCCCUGUGUCCCCAAUAAGGAUGGAACUACAUCUGAUUUCGAAUUAGACUUGUCAAUUGUGGGUUGCUGUGAUGGGAUUGUUUGUAUCGCCGAUAAGCUCUACUCCAAUGCCUCAGACAUUAUCCUCUGGAAUCCGGCAACUUCAGAGACCAAGAUUUUGCCGCGUUCCCCCUUCAGCGGUGAUCGGACUGGUCCUGACGGCCGUCUGUUUGACGAGCUGAUUGGUUUUGGGUUCGAUUCGCAGACGAAUGACUACAAGGUCAUUAGGAGCAUUAGCGCCGAUUCGUUCGAUUUUGAUGAUUUCGAGCCAGUUAGACCUGAUCCAUGGUCUGUUGUGGAGAUGUACAGCUUGAGGAAUGAUUCGUGGAGGAGAAUCGAUGGCCAGGACUCGCCAGUCGUCUCGAAUCCGGUUCGUUAUCCCCAUACGUACCGUGGGGAGAUGCUUUACUGGUGGAAAUCGGGUCGUGAAGACACACAGAUGUUGUCAUGGGACUUUGGGAAAGAAGUGUUUGAUUGGAUCGACUUCCCUAAGCCAACUGGUAAGUACGGAUGGGCUGCCGAUUCCUGCACUCUGCUGAAGGACUCCAUCGUGGGUGUGUUUUCGGAUUGCAGGGGCAACCGCUGCAGGGAUCGCUGUUUCGAGAUACGGGUGCUGCUGAAAUUCGACCAAUCCGUGCCUUGGACUCUGCUGUAUCGUGUUUCCGACCUGGCUGGGGCGUACGAAUUCCCUGCUAUUUGGAGGGGUGGUUGUUACUUUGUGGAUAUUAAGCUUUUUGGGUGUUUUAGUUGUCAGAAUGCAGGGUUGCUCGUCUUAGACCCGGAGACGGACUUGCUUCGUGGAGUUGGGACUAAGGACAAGGCCAUGAUCGAGAUUGUCACGUUUGUUCCAUCCCAGAUGUCGUUGUCCGGCUUCAAGAUGGAAGAUUGA